CCCCCUCCCACCGCCGGCCUGGAAAUGGCCAUUCUUCGGAGCCGAGCCCAGCAGGCGGUUCACUUCGGUCGUCCACUGCCCUCUCCAUCCAGCCCCCCCACUCCUCCCCCUGCUUUGCCUUCCUGCCUGCCUAGCUCCUCUUGCUCCUCCCUCGCCCUACCUUGCCCCUCCCCUGCCCCUCGCUCCGGCCCGUCAGCCUACGCACACGGCCGCGGCCCCCGCACCGUCCAUGACCCACUCGCAUCCCGGGUCGAGCGAGGUAUUGCACCCGGCGGUGGCCGGGGAGGCCGCCCCGGGGCUGCCCCCGGGGAAACCGCGCGUCGCGGCCCACUUCGAGGCCCGAGCGCCGCCCAUGCUCUUGACCGGCGGAGCCAGCCGGCGUCUCGGGAGUGGCGGGUCGCCACUUGCGUGGUUCCGAUCGCCGCAGUUCCUCAAGUGGCUGUCCCUGGUGCUGCUUGUCCUGCAGAAUAGCGUGCAUGCGCUGCUGAUUCGAUACUCGCGCUCGGCCGGGCCCUCCGGAGCCGGGACAGUGCUCUACCUGCCCAGCACGACCGUGGUCCUGGGGGAGCUGAUCAAGCUCCUGGUGUCGGUGGCGGUGGUGAUGCACGGGCUGCUCGAGCGCCCGGGCGCCGCCGGGCCCGGGGCCAGGGCGUCCGAGUUGCCGCUGGCCUCGCCAAUGGUCAAGGCGCGCGGCCUGGACACACGCAUGACUCGGGCCAUGCGUGCCAUGCGUCUUCUCGUCCGAUCGUCCUGGCCCAUGGCCGUUCCGGCCGGCUUGUAUGCCUUGCAGAAUAACCUGGUUUUCCUGGCCCUCCAAAAUCUGGAGGCUGCUACCUUCCAGGUCAUGUACCAGAGCAAGAUCAUCACAACGGCCCUCUUCUCGGUGGCCCUGCUCGGCAAGCGCUUGACCAUUUCCCAGUGGAUUUCUUUGCUUUUGCUCUUCCUCGGUGUGGUUCUCAUCCAAUUGCCGCAGCCCGCUUGCUCGGGCCCCGGGGACGAGCUGGCUGCGGCCGCCGCCCAGACCAGGGACAACACGCUGCUUGGCUUCGCGGUGGUUUGCGUGCUGAGUGCCACAUCUGGCUUUGCUGGGGUCUACUUUGAGCGGGUUCUCAAGGGCCGGACCCCGCCGGCCGCAGGGCCGGCCCUUGUGCCACCGCCAGACGCCGGCCCAUCGUCCCAAGGGGCGGGCCUUCUCCCAGGUCCGGGCUCGGCCCCGAUGAUGUAUCCCUUGGCCCAGGCUGGCGGCAGUCUGACGGCCAUGCCGCUGCAUGGCACUUCCGGAGCUGGGACGGCCGGUGUCGAUGAUCCCCGCGGUAGCCCCCGUGUUGGAGCUGUGCUGACCGAAUUACAGACAGCCCCCCGGUCCCGGGCCGGAAGCCCGGAGGCCGCAAACUACUUCGCCGCCCCCUCGGGCGCCGGAGUGACCGGCGGUGGUGGCGCCGGCGGCGGGUCCGCCUCGCAUCACCUCUAUCAUCCCCCCUCCAAGGCCCCGGCCCCGGCAUCGGUGGCCGGCAUCGCCUCCAGCCUGUUUGGCCGGAAUCUCCAGCUGUCGCUGUGGGGGCUGCUGUUCAGCCUCUUUGCCAUGCUCUACUAUGAUGGGGGGCGCCUGCAGCAGCAGGGCUUCUUCGGCGGGUACACCUGGCUGACGUGGACCCUGGUGGCCGUGGCCUCGCUCGGGGGCCUGCUGGUGGCGGCGGUGGUCCGAUACACGGACAACAUUGCCAAGGGCUUCGCCACCAGCAUCUCCAUCGUCUUUUCCAGCACCGUGGCCAGUGUCUGGUUUGACUUCGACAUCACGGCCAUCUUUGUCAUUGGCGCGUCCAUCGUGAUUGCCAGUGUCCUGCUGUACAGCGAGCCGGACAAGCUGGUGGCCCAAUCGCGGGCAUGAUCCACACGGGGCGGGACACGGGCCAAGACCGGCAGGCGUGCGCGUCGGGCGCAGCAAUAGAUAGAGAGUGUGUAUACGAGGGACCAGUGCGCCGGAGGUGGUGAAAAAACGACAGAGCGAGAAGAGAGGCACAUGUAUUUGGGGGCAUUGCACAAAAAAAGGCGGGAAGAACACUCCCUUCGGGAGAAGGGGACACGAAGACCGGGAGGAGCCAGGCUACCGAGACGGGUGCUCACGAACAAGGACAGGAGGAGGAGGGGGGGGGGAGGGGAGGGCGAGGGGCAAGGACGCCCCGCAGGCAGGAGGAGGGAGAAUGUGGAGGACUAAAAAUACAUGAAGGCGCUGAUUCAGAAGGAGAGGGAGAGAGAGAGAGAGAGAUGCAGAUCAGCGGCUUCGGAAAACCUGGCAGGAGGUUUGCUGGAGAAUGUGCAGGGGGGCGGGGGCGACGAAGUGGCUUUGCCCCCGUCUUCGGUGACCCCCACCACCAGGGGGGGGGGGGGACGG